CAAGUUGACCUUAUGACGUCACAGGUCACCCACCUGCCCGCCAUAUUGGAAGUUGACAAAAACAAAGCAGAGAAACGUCAAAUAUGGUGCGUUGUGUCGUUUGCAGCGAAGGAAGCCAGUCUGCAGAAAAGCUAACCUUCCAUAACUUUCCUAGAGACCCCAAGAGACGUCAAAUAUGGCUGGCACGCACAAGGGACCACAUGGCGAAUGGCGAAUUAGUCGAAUGGGUGUUCAAGCGCCCUUUAAAAGAGUGGGACGAAAUCAUAGACACUUGGAAGGUCUGUUCCCGGCAUUUUGAGCAGAGAUGUUUUCAAGAGUCCACGUUGAAGAGAAUGCUGACCCUGACAGCGGUCCCCACCCUGUUUUCGGAAGAAGAGAUGUCAAAGCAUAAGCAGCGGGCACCACCAACAACAACACAUGCCGAGCCGAAACUCCGGCCGUUGAAACCCAAGGAACCAGGGCAAGAGCACAUUUGGGAAGCUGAAAGGAAGACUGCAGUAAACACUGAAGAUGUGCCUGGGAUCUACAUUACUAACGUCACCCGCAGGAUACUGAAUGAGGUUCCAAAAGUGAAGGAGAUUGGGAAAAGGAAGCGAUCUGAAGACACCGCAGACGUGCCAGCAAAGAGUCUUACCCCUGUAUACCUGCCGAGUCAGCAGACCCGAUGGCAGGGCGCCUGUAACACACUGGAGCUCACCGACGACCAGAUGGCCAAGUUCCUACUGGACAGAUAUUACAAGGGAGACAAGUCGGUUUCAGCCUUCACUGGCAGUCAGAUUACCCACAAGACACUGCUGCUAGACCGUGGGUUGCUGACUCUGUGGAACGACACCAUGGACGCCAAGGGCUUCAGCAGCGAUAAAGACUUCCUCUGGUUCCUACUUCUUGGGCCACAGAAGUCAGUCACAAACUGUGAAAGGUGUACUGUCAAAGAUCGUGUGGCCUCUGAUGAAUGUGUACCAGUAAAGGUAGAUUACAUAGGGCCUGGUUGUGCAGUAUCGUCAGAUACCAGCCAAGACUUGAAUGAUGCUGCGAAUCUUCCGCUGAUUUUACAGCCACCAGCACAGAAGCCUGGUCUCACACAGAAGAAGAGCGUCACCGAAACUGUGAUGACCAAACCAAAACCUGUGACUUUGAUAAAAUCCAACAUGGAAGUAAAGAGCAAUGAAGUACAAAAGCCCAGACAAAAGAGGAAAAGAAAGAAAGUGCAAGAAGUAACAAAAGAUGAUCCAGUAUUUCUUGAGAGUUCAUACAAGGACAGCAGUAAUGUUGUGUGCAAUUAUACAGCUCCAACUCAACAGAGUGUUCUUAAAGUUGGAGGAACAGAGAAAACGUUGACAUCUACUCAAACGCUUGACCUGGUGAGAGAUCCUAGCGACACCCACCCACCCAAGAGUACAAAGACCAGAAAGCAAGUACAACAUGUAUCAAUACCAAUGGACAAACCUGCCAAGAACUUGGAUAGUUGUGAAAGCACUACAACAAGUUGUGAUGAGGACUUGAAAGAGGAGCAUGAACUAGAGAUAGACCUAGAUAACUGUCACCGUACUGUUACAUCUCAGUUAAGUUCUGAUACCGUCAACAAUCCAGAAGACAGAUUUGAGAAGAAGAUAGUCAGUGGUGACAACCAUGUUCCGUCUUCUCAGCUAAGAUGGGCUGCAGUAAAAAUUAAGGUUGAGAAGGAAGAUGGAGUUGAGAGAGACCAAAACACAUCAUCAUUCCCUCACCCUGGCAUUCACGUUAAGGAAGGAUAUAGAGUAGAUCAUGACAGUUGUGACAUGAAUACAUUUCAGUCGAGUUGUGAUACCGUGAACAUCAAAGUUGAAAAGGAGGAUGAACUAGAGGAGAGCUUUGGAAGUAACGGUGGCAUGAAUGCGUCCACUGACUCAAGUUUUGAUACAGGUGACAUCCAGGAAGAGGAACUUGAGAUGCAUCUGAAUAUGGCAAUCAUGGCGACAGCAAAGCACCUGGGCUGAAGUUGUGAUGAAAUUCAUAAAAAAAAGAAACAACAGAAGAACUUUAGUUAUUGUAGAAGUGCCAAUACCACAGUAUCUUGUCAUGAUCAUGGCCAUUACACUGGUAUGAGUGAGGAAGCUGAAGCACUGUAUUUUGGUAAUAGACUUGUCCCAUAGCCCCAACAUGUCCAUCAGAACAUAGAAAGUCAGAAAGUACAUGAAAAUACAAAAGUUUGAUGGACAUGCAGCCGGUCUCUCAUUGGUUGAACUAGUAACUGCCAUGCUAUCAUUGGUUGAACUGAUAAUUGUUAUGGACAGUCAGGAUCGGUCUGUUGUGAUCCAACCAAUACUUUGACUCAACAAGCCUGCGCCUCCUCUUUCAACCUCCUUGCCUGCGCUUAAGAACAUUCCAACUACUGCUAACUUAUUAUGUACAAUGUAUACAAGUCUAUGGUAAUAUAUUAUGUGUGCCAAUUGUUAUAAUUAUGUUGUGUGUGUUUAUUCUGUUUGUUGGAUGGUUGGUUUAUGGUUCUGAUUUUAACAACUCCUGAUUUCGACAAGUAAAGUUGAAGCAAUGA